GCGAUUCGCCGUGUCACGUCAUCAUACGGCGACGGACUUUUCAUUUUGUAAACAUUUAUGAGCUGGAGACUAAAGUGAGGGAACUCAUGGAUAGUCUUGUGAAGGUGCACGGAGCUGGCGGCUAUGACUCGGACUUCAGUGAUGACGAUGGGCAGGGAGAGUCUUCAGAGAGAGGCCUUAAAAGGAAACACGAGGAAGAAAUCUUACAGAAGCCAUUCCAGAAAAGUCGGCUCUCCCAGAAAGCUCAUCGGAGUUUCCACUCGAAUGAACUGGACAGAGAAGAGGCCAGGAACAGAAGAGCUCACCUGAUAUCAUUGAAUGCUUUUGAGCGACAUAAGAAGUUUGUCGGUGACUACAUCCUCUAUUAUGGAGGACAAAUGGCUGACUUCAAACGCUCGGCAGCCAAAGACAAAACAGAUUUGGAUGUGCUGCGUGAGAAUCAUCGCUUCCUUUGGAGGGACGAGGACGAGGAGGACAUGACAUGGGAAAAAGAACUUGCCAAGAAGUAUUACGACAAGCUGUUUAAAGAGUACUGCAUCGCUGACCUUAGCAGAUACAAGGAAAACAAGUUUGGAUUUCGUUGGCGGACUGAGGAAGAAGUGGUUUCUGGCAGAGGUCAGUUCCAGUGUGGGAAUAAACGCUGCGAGAAGCAGGAAGGCCUAAAAAGCUGGGAGGUGAAUUUUGCCUACGUGGAACACAGCGAGAAGAAAAAUGCAUUGGUCAAACUCAGAUUAUGUCCUGAAUGCUCUUUCAAACUCAAUUACCACCACAAGAGGAAGGAGGUGAAAGCAAAGACGAAAAAGGUAUCGGAGGAGAACCAGGAGCCACCACAGAAGACGAAGAAGGAGAAGAAGAGGAAGAGAUCGUCUUCACACUCCAAAAAGCCCAAACACAAGAGACGCAGAAAUCUCUCCGCCUCUUCUAGCAGCUCAGAGGAGUCAAAGGACUCGGACAAAGACUCUGAAGCUGGGGAUGAACCAGAGGGCCAAUCAGAAGGUGACCACUGGCGAGGACCCGCCCCUGCAGUGGAGGAGAAGUCAAGGGAGGAGGAGUUUGAUGAGUACUUUGAAGACAUGUUUCUUUGACUCUGCUGGUGUCAGCGGGACCCCUGCUGCGACUCCACUUCCUCCUGCGUGCCAUCGACAUGUUCUGUAUCGAGUCUUGUGUACUUGUUGUUUUAGGACUGCUGCAGAAAUAAAUGUGAUGUUUACCCGGCA